AAAAAGGUAAGCAAAAAGCCCAAACACGCCCUCCUCGUCGACGUCUGCAUGUCCAGCCCACUACUCACAGAGACGACGAAAUAGUUUUUGCAAAUCAUAGAGAGAGAAACCUCUUAGAGAGAGAAACACGAGCUUGAAGAAGACGAACCAGAACGAACAACAUUACAUACACACAUAUCUUCACAUUCACAUGUAUCAUAUAUGUGCAUAAUUUCCGACUUAUUAGGGUUAAUUCUCCCAAACGGUGCCCUAAUUCGAUUUAUUCGACUCCUAGGGCAAAAUUCGUUUUUGAUUUUAGAAAUUCAUCCAUUUUAUAUUAGGGCAAACGUUUUUAAGGUGGAGAUUGUUGCUGUGCUCUUUGCAAUUCAGGGACAGUCGACAGACCUGUAGGUGGUUUAAGUGGGUAUGCUUGGAUGCACUUCAAGAUUUAUGCUUGUAGUCAAUGCUGAGCUUGAUUCCAUGAGAGGAGUUGGAAUUCCUUCAACACCAUCUCGUUUGCAAUCAUCCGAUCUUGAGAAAACUCAAGCAGAACUUAGGCAAUCAUUCACUGCUGCUGAGAAGUUUAGAAGAGAAUUAGAAUUUCUACAAAAAGGUGGAGAUCCGUUAGACUUAAAACCAGCGAAUGCAGCAUCAAUUAGCUUCCAGUCCACAUCGCUAAAAGAUCGGCAUCCUGAGCAGUUUGUAACAAGUGAAGCAAAAGGUAGUUUUGCAAUCACUGCUUCACCACAUGGAGACUCUGUUGAAAGUAGUGCUAGAUUAGGGGCUCCUUCAGUCUGUGAACCGAACAGUGCAGAUAAUCUUAUGCUGCUGAAAGAAUCAGGCGAUUCUGCUGUUCUAGAACUGCCUAAAAAGUCAUAUAAACGCAGAAUUAGAUCUCGCCCAAAUCGCGAUCCUGUUCGACAAGCUUCCAGGGACUUUAAAGCUUUAGCACAUGAUGCUAAUGUGGCUGUAAAAAAUUCUAUCAGUCAUUUAGAAAAUGAAUCAGAUGGCAUGCCAGCUGUACAAUCAACCCUUGGCCCCGCAAAUCAUCAUGGUUUGCCAGCCAAAUCUGAUGGUGAGGAAGCUCCACUCACUAUGGCUUCUAUUGAACCUGAAUCUUUAAAGGGUACAGAUCAGGUUCGUACGACAGAUUCGAAGGGUCCCACUAAUGGAAAUACAGAAGAGAUAAAAAGCUUACCUGGCCCCACAAAGGUCUUGGACUCUGAGUCAUCAUGCACCCAAACCGGUCAACGUUUUGAUGACUGUAAUGGGAAUGGUCUGCCAAUGAAACAAAAUUUGGAAAGUAAUAACUUAGAUGCAGAAAAGAAUGCUAGGAUAUUAAAUAUUGACCCGAUUUGCAAUGAGGAUGGCCCUGCUAUUAAGGAAGGGGAAGGUCUUAAAGAAUCUGAAUCGGUCAAAGGAGUUGGCUCGGAUGGCUCCACUGAUUUAAAAACCGAAAGAAAACCAGUGGGGCCCAAUUCUAUUUCUCAAGAUGGUGGUGCUAAUGACACCCCAUUACAGGAGUCUACAUUGACUGUUAAGGACCAAAAUACAUGCUCUCCUGACAAGUUAAAAUUGGCAACCAAAGAGCAUGAAGACUCAAUCUUAGAAGAGGCUCGAAUUAUAGAGGCAAAACGCAAGAGGAUAGCGGAGUUAUCUGUUAGAAGUUUGCCUCUGGAUAGACGUCCAAAAUCACAUUGGGAUUUCGUUCUUGAGGAAAUGUCAUGGUUGGCUAAUGAUUUUGCUCAGGAGCGCCUUUGGAAAAUAACCGCAGCCGCGCAACUUUGUAGAAGAGUUUCUUUUGCUUCACGGUUAAGACUCCAACAACAAAGUUUACUGCAGAAGCGAAAGGAAGUCUCUCACGAUAUGGCAGAAGCUGUCAUGCAGUUUUGGCACAUGAUACAGGUGAAACGUAAGGGAGCAGAGUCAAACUGCAUUGAAAAAAUAUCUGCAGUUGGGAUUCAGGGAUAUGCAAUGAGAUUCAUGGAGUAUAAUAACUCUCGAGCUCAGUACGAUGCAGCUCAGGCACCUGUGACUCAUGAUGUUGUCUCUGAUCUAGCCGUCAUGGACCAUUCAUGGGAGGAUAACUUAACAGAAGAGAAUCUCUUUUAUACAGUGCCACCUGGCGCAAUUGAAGCCUACAGGAAAGCUAUUGAUUCUCACUUGCAACAGCUUGAGAGAACUGGCACUAGCAUGCAAGAGGAAGUGGAUACAUCUUGCUAUGAUGCUGUUGCAGAUCAUGCAUUCAGAGAGGAUGAAGGAGAAACAGAUACCUGUUACUUGUCAGGUGGAUUUGAAGGUAGCAAAUCUACAAAAAAUGCUCAGAAAAGAAGGAAAAACUUCAAACUAUACGGCCCAAGAUCAUAUGAAAUGGGAGCUGACAUGUCAUUCAUGCAAUCUGCUGAAAGAAAUGUCGGAAAUCAACCAUCUGUGCUAAGUGGAAAACGAUCUGGAAGUAGUUUAAAUGUUACAGUUCCAACAAAACGUGUGCGUACUGGUACUGCUUCAAGACAGAGGAUUAUAAGUUCGUUUAAUGCAGGGGUUUCUGGCCACAUACAGACACUGAAUAGAACAGAUGCUUCAAGUGCUGAUACCAAUUCCUUUCAUGAUGAACAAAGUACCUUUCAUGGUGGGCCCGGGCCCCAAAUACCGAACAAUAUGGAAGCUGAGUCAGCUGGAGACUAUGAAAAGCAAUUCAAGUUUGACUCUAUGGAAGUUUCGAAUAGACCUAAAAAGAAAAAGAAGGAGAAACAUCCUGGAUCCGCAUUUGAGCACCGUUGGCAACUUGACUCCAAUUUUCAGAAUGACCAGAAGGAUCACAUUAGAAGGAGACUGGAUACACAUCAAUUUGACUCUAAUGGAAGUAGUGUGGCUUCUCAAAUGAGUAAUAUGUCCAACCCAAAUAAGUUCAUGAAAUUACUGGCGCGUGAUCAUGGUAGAAAAGGCAAAGCACUUAAGACCCCUGUUGGGCAACCAGGUUCAGGAAGCGCAUGGUCGUUAUUUGAAGAUCAGGCCCUUGUUGUGCUGGUACAUGAUAUGGGUCCAAACUGGGAGCUUAUAAGUGAUGCCAUUAACAGCACUUUGCCGUUCAAGUGCAUCUUUCGAAAGUCUAAUGAAUGCAAAGAACGCCACAAAAUAUUAAUGGAUAUGAAUAGUGGUGACGGAGCCGAUAGUGCCGAGGAUUCUGGGUCUUCUCAUACUUAUCCAUCUACGUUACCUGGCAUUCCAGAGGGCAGUGCAAGACAGUUAUUUCAGCGGUUGCAGGGACCAAUGGAAGAGGAAACACUCAAAUCUCAUUUUGAGAAAAUUAUUAAGCUCGGUCAAAAACAACAUUAUAGAAGAACACAUAACGAUAAUCAUGAUCCAAGACAAGUGCAGCAGCCUCAUAGUUCUCAUGCAUUUGCUCUCUCUCAAGUCUGCCCAAAUAACCUCAACGGUGGACCCGUUCUUACGCCUCUUGAACUAUCUGAGACAAUCUCACCCAGCCCAGAUGCUCUUCCAGCUGGCUAUCAAGGCCCACAAAGUGGUGGGUUACCAGCUUUGAACCAUGGCCCUGUAGCACCAAUGCUUCCCGGCCCUGGUUCUGGUUCUGGCUCCACCUCAUCAGCACCUGGUUCAUCCAGUUCGGUUCAUGGCAGUAACCUUCCUUCUGCAUCUGCUCCACAUAAUCCAUCUGUUAGGGAGGGACGAUACGGGAUCCCUAGAACAGGGCCGUUAUCAGUAGAUGACCAGCAAAGAAUGCAGCAAUAUAAUCGAAUGCUAUCUGCAAGGAACUCCCAGCAGUCCGGUUUGCCACCUGGGUCCCAUUCGGUAAAUGAUCGUGGGGUCCGCAUAUUACCUGCUGGAAGUGGUAUGGGUGUUAUGUGUGGAGUUAAUAGAAACAUGAAGAUGGCUAGACCAGGCUUUCCUGGGGUUCAUUCACAAUCUAUGUUGAAUUCUGGUUCAGCAACACCAAGUCCUUCCGGUAUGCACUCUGGGCCCGGAAACUCGAUGUUGAGGCCGCGUGAUCCUAUGCAUCUGAUCCGGGCUAACCAGAACACAGACCAGAAAUUAUCACAAAGUGGGACCACUCAAGGAUACCCACACGCGAUUUCUCCACAACAAUCACCACAUAUGCUUAACAGUAACUCUCAUCAUUUUCAAGGGCCUCCAAAUCAUCAUGCGAAUCCGGCUUUUGCAAUGAGACUAGCUAAAGAGAGACAACUUCAGCAACAACGUUUACUGCAACAGCAGCAGCAGUUUUCUACAUCCAGUCCCAUGAUGCCGCCACAUGUACAACCACAAGAGUCUCAACUUCCUGCCGUUUCAUCUCCACAAAAUACUGCUGCACAUUCUUCCUCUCCACCAAUGAGGAACCCUCAAACGAGUGGCAACCAAUUAGUGAAGCAGCAGAGACCACGUCUGUCUCAGCAGUUUUCGCCACAUCAGCAGCAGCAGCAGCAGGCUAAGCUUAUGAAAGGUGGAAGGGGAAAUUUAAUGAUUCAUCAGAAUCAUCCCACUGAUUCUUCGGUUGCGAAUGGUUUUCCUGGUUCAUCUGCUAGCAAGCCGUCUGUAGCACAUUCCUCUUUAAGUCAAUCACACCAGCAGAAGACAUUUUCUGAUUCAUCUGAUAAUACUAAGAAUCAAAAUCAUGGUCCUCCAGCACUAAACCAGAAGUUGGUCAAUCAAAAACAAGUAACAGCUUCUCAAAAACUGUUACUGCUUAACCGGAAAGUCAACACCUCUGACCAGACCAACAAGCAAGCUGAAUCGUCACCUAUGUCUAACACCUCAUCUCAGCCAAGUACACUUCUCACAAUGCCUAAUGCACCUUGUAAUGAUGCAACAAAUAAUACCGAAACCACUGUAGAUAAUGCAGCUGCAGUUAUAGUUAAGAACCCUGUGCGGGUGUCUCCACCUAAAACAAGCAGUUUAGGGACAGAUAGUGAACCGUUUGGACCACCCACGAACCAGGUUAUGAUUCAUAGGCAGUCUUCAUCAGACAAUUUGCCUAAUCCUGUUGAUGUCGGUAUACAGCAGCAGCAGCAGCAGCAACAAUCACCUUUAUAACAUUCCUCCUUUACCUGCUAAUUUUUGACGGGAAAGUGGUUAUGUGCCAUACCUUUUGGGUUGGGCUUCCAUUCCCUUGUAAGAGCAAUCUAAAGGUUAGGGUCAGUUUCAUGAUGGAAACAGGCUGCAGUUUGUUUUCUGAAUGUUAGCAUAGGUUAACUGAAGAGAAGUAAGGUAGUAAAGUUGAGAGGGCUAAUUGGUUGGGUGUUUUGUAUAAAAUGAUGAGAUGGAGGGAGGAUAAAGAGGUAUGUGUACAGGCAGGCAGGCAGGCAGACAGGCACUUGUUAUGUUAGAUUAGCCUUGUUUGUGUAUCAGUAGUACCCUUUUUGUAAUAGGAGCUCAUUGUUAUUGGCUGGGGGAAAUUUUGUGAAUACUAACUAGUUCAUUUACUUUAUACUUAGAUCAACUGCAUCUCCCAGAUCA